UUUCCAAUUGAUCCGGUAACAACGACAUUAGCCACGCCCAAACCACGCCGCGCAAAGCCCUCAAAACCAUCAAAGGGGGCUUCUUUACUGCCCGACGUUGGACAAUGUGGCGUUCAAAUCAGCAAUAAAAUAUUUGGCGGUACAAAAGUCGAGUUUGACGAAUAUCCGUGGUUAGCUUUGCUGGAAUAUGCGAAACCUGAUGGAUCACGAGGCGUUCAUUGCGGAGGUGCUCUCAUCAGUGAUCGUUAUGUCAUCACAGCAGCUCAUUGUAUCCCGCGUUACGGAAAUUCUCGUUUUCGCUUAAUUAACGUCCAUUUAGGCGAAUAUGACGUACGAACUUCCCUCGAUUGCGAUCCUGAUGAUCCCAGUGUUUGCGCGGACCCGCUUCAAGUCAUUCCAGUUGCUAAAGAAAUCCCUCACGAAGGUUAUGACACGCAAAAUUUAAACAACGACAUUGCUCUCUUGCGUCUGGCUCGCAAAGCGAAAUUCACUUAUUACGUGAAACCGAUUUGUUUGCCGACGGAUCCUGCGUUAAAAAGUAGCGAAAUUACGGUGCGACAAGAAUUUGACGUUGCUGGAUGGGGAAAGACUGAAUUCGGGUACAAAAGUCCGAUAAAGCUUAAAGUUCGUGUUUCGGGCGUUACAAAUGAGGAAUGUGCUCAAACAUAUUUACGAUCACAAGCUCCGAAGAAAAUUGGAAAGGAGCAGUUGUGUGCGGGAGGUGAACGUGGCAAAGACAGUUGUAAUGGCGACAGCGGAGGACCGUUGAUGGGUUAUUACAAAGAUUCGCAGGGACGAGCGUAUUUCUAUCUCGCAGGCAUUGUGAGCUUUGGACCACAGGAAUGCGGACUUGCGGGAUGGCCCGGCGUUUAUACGAGAAUCACGGAGUACAUUCCCUGGAUUAAAUCGAAAUUGCGAUCUUAACAA